AUGUCACACUCUCUGAGAGCAGCAGGAGGAGGGCGUCUCCUCUGGUCUGGAGGAGGUGAAGGAUACUGGUUGAGGCGCUCCUUUUGGUCCAUGGUCUGGGACUUGUGGAUGAGUUUGCGGAGCCCCUGGACCCAGGCCCGGGCCUCCUCUGGGGUCUCUGCCACCAAGUCCAGGGUGCCCUGCCUCCCGUGGAACACCAGCGUGAAGCAGCGCUCAGGAGGGAACUCCGAGGAGACGCUGAGGAGGAGGUCCGACUGA